AUGAGGGGUAUCCUGGUCUACCUGCUGGCUCUGGCCAUCAUGAGCCUGUGUGCUCGUACUUCGCCCAUUCCCCCGCGCCAGUCGGUUCGCCAACAGUCUACUGCUCACCACUCGCCCAUCACACCUUCCUCCCUCCUCAAACGUCAGUCGCAGCCCGCAUCUACCGCAGUCAAAGCCAUCGAGAACGCCGCCCUAGAGGCACCUAAGGACUGGAAGCGGCCCCUCGUCAUCAUGCUAUCCGGCAUCGGCAUCGCCAGCACCAUCGGGUGGAACUACGUCAGCCUUCGCUCCUUCCUCAACAACCAAGCCAAAUAUCGUAAGCAGAAGGAAAGGAUGGAGGCGGAGAAGAGCAAGCCGUUGCCCAAGGUGGGCGAUACGCUGUGCGCCUUUGCGACGUACACCACGCUGGACGAGGUGCAGCGCCGCAAGCCGAAGGUGGUCAAGAGGCCGUGCUACGUGCUUGGUGCGCGAGAGGAGUCGCAGCCACGAGAUGGCUUCGCCGCUGGUCACUCUGUCUACGGCGAAGCUUCGUCAGCUGCAGCCGCACCGGAUCUCCCCACUGGACCAAGCAGACUCGAUGGCUUGACCAUGGGAGGACGGAUGAAGAAGCGUGGCCUGGCCCCUGCAAGCGCCGAAGGACUCGAAGAGAUAGCAGCGGAAGCGACGCACGAUCUGCAUCCGCCUACCGCUCCGCCGAUCUCGCACUGGCACUCCCCGCCCGCUCCGGUACCCGAUGAGGAGCGCGACCGUCUGAUCUCGUCUAUGCCCCAAUCGGCCGCCUUCACUCGUCGUCCCUCGACGCUGAGUCCGCGACCCGGUUUUCCGCGCGCGCACAUCGAGAUGACCUCGCCGUCGUCGCACGACCCUCCCACGGAGGCCAUCGAGAACGACACUCCGGAGGAAAAGGUGGCGGGUGAGAGCUCGAAGAAACCGUUGAAAUGGCUCAAGGGCAAGAAGAUCUCGACCGAAGACCUCACCUUUGGCGUCACGGUGCUCAAUACGAUCGGCACGGUGCCCAGUUUGGUGCUCAACACGCUCAAUGCCUAUUGGUAUCGGGGCAAUCCACGUACCGAUUGA